CCCCGGUACAUCCGGGUCAUUCGCACACCCGCCCGGUCUCCCUGGUGGUUGCAGCCUGUUCCUUGCGGCGGCCUGGUGCUGCCAAGAUCGGUCCGUCCCCUCCGCGGGGGCUCCGGCCGCAGCGCUGCCUCGAGCCGAGCUGCGGCUCCGGGUUCCACCCACGCCUGCGCUGGGGCGGCUCGGUUCUGAAGACAAGCUGCUACAUCAGCUCCAUAAGGAGCUGGAAUUUUCCAUUAAGACAACAAGAAGAUCUCAUCAACUGAGGGGGGCCAAAAACAGAGAGCAGCACUGGCUGUAGGUACCUUAACAUGGGGAACCUUCUUAAAGUUUUGACAUGCACAGACCUUGAGCAGGGGCCAAAUUUUUUCCUUGAUUUUGAAAAUGCCCAACCUACAGAAUCUGAAAAGGAAAUUUAUAAUCAGGUGAAUGUAGUGCUAAAGGAUGCAGAAGGAAUCCUGGAAGACUUGCAGUCAUACAGAGGAGCUGGCCACGAAAUACGAGAGGCAAUACAGCAUCCUACUGACGAAAAAUUGCAGGAGAAGGCAUGGGGUGCAGUCGUUCCACUAGUAGGCAAGCUAAAGAAAUUCUAUGAAUUUUCUCAAAGGCUAGAGGCAGGACUGCGAGGUCUAUUGGGAGCCCUGACAAGCACCCCAUAUUCACCAACUCAGCACCUGGAGCGAGAGCAGGCUCUUGCUAAGCAGUUUGCAGAAAUUCUUCAUUUCACACUCCGCUUUGAUGAGCUCAAGAUGACAAAUCCCGCUAUACAGAAUGACUUCAGCUACUACAGAAGAACUUUGAGCCGUAUGAGGAUUAAUAAUGUUCCAGCAGAGGGUGAAAACGAAGUAAAUAACGAAUUGGCAAACAGAAUGUCUUUAUUUUAUGCUGAAGCAACGCCAAUGUUGAAAACCUUAAGUGAUGCCACGACAAAAUUUGUUUCAGAGAAUAAAAAUUUACCAAUCGAAAAUACCACAGAUUGUUUAAGCACCAUGGCUAGUGUGUGCAGGGUCAUGUUGGAAACCCCUGAGUACAGAAGCAGGUUUACAAAUGAGGAAACAGUAUCGUUCUGUCUGAGGGUAAUGGUGGGUGUCAUCAUACUCUAUGAUCACGUGCAUCCAGUGGGCGCCUUUGCCAAAACUUCAAAAAUUGAUAUGAAAGGAUGCAUCAAAGUCCUUAAAGACCAGCCUCCUAACAGUGUAGAAGGCCUUCUAAAUGCUCUCAGGUACACAACAAAGCAUUUGAAUGAUGAGACUACCUCCAAGCAAAUUAAAUCUAUGUUGCAAUAACAAUUACCUGGAAUUAGCACCUGCUGUAAACAGAAGACAGUAUUCUGCAAUGACUGAGAUGCACAGAUUUUUUUUUUUUAGUGAUUGCAACUACUAUCUCAUUCGUUUUUGCUUUCUUUAUUUUCUUCUCUUCCUCUUUUCCCUUUUUAAUCACUUUCUUGUUCUUAAGUAAGCUCAGACUUCUUUUCUGUGCCAAAUCAAUGAAAAUGAUCAAUUCUGGAAGGUAUUUGUACUUUUCAGAACAGCCAUCUUUAAGUGGCAGCUAAUUAUGCGUUGCGUUUGGAUUUCUCUGUACUGGGGAAAGUUCUGUGACUUGAACUAAAUAUUUUUAAACUUGUGGUUUUUUCUUUUUUUGAAAAACUAAUAUUUAAUAUUGCUUCUUCUGCAUGGCAAAACUGCCUAUUUCUGCUAUUUAAAAAACCCUUGAUGACUUCAUUUUCUAUUGCAGCUUAUUUUCAUGUGCAACCAUGAGGAAACAUAAAAGCAGAUUUGUUUAAAUUAACUGUGUUUGUACAAAAUGGUACUCAACACAAAAGUUUUUUUAAAUAAGUAAAGACUGUUUUGUUUAAAAGUUACGUUUGCAUUUUGACUCAUUUUUGUAAGGAUGUAUGUUGUAUGUUUAACCUUUAAUAACUAACGUUAAAAAAUGUGGUGUGUGCGUAGCAAAAUUACGUAUGCAUGUUCAUGUCAAAUGAUUGACUGUGGAUAAAAUAAUAAAAAUCAGCUUUCAUUUUUCUAA